AUGACGGCCACUGACCCCCAAGAGUCCUGCGUGCACGAUCACACCAAUGUGGGCUACGUCCUGGCGGUGUGCUACUCCAUCAUCUUUGUCCUGGGUCUAAUUGGGAAUGUGGUGGCUCUGUGGGCUUUCUUCCGAGUUGACAGCAAGCGCAACUCGGUGUGGGUGUUCCUCAUCAACCUGGCGUUCGCCGACCUGCUGCUGAUAUUCUGUCUGCCCUUCAGGAUCUUCUUCCACAGCGAAGGGAACCGCUGGAUGCUGGGAGCCACGCUGUGUAAGGUGGUCACCUACGUCUUCUACAUGAACAUGUACAUCAGCAUCACCCUGCUGGGGCUGAUCAGCGUCAAUCGCUACAUGAAGAUCCACCAGGGGAUUCGGAGCCAUAACAGACUGCUGUCCACCAAGUGGAGCGUCGUCAUCUGCGCAGCGAUUUGGAUCAUGGCCCUGGUCAUGGAUGCAGUCUUUAUCGCAACAAGUUCAUCACAGAGCCACAAGUGUUACCAGUACAAACGGCUCCAAAACGCCAAGUGGAAGGCGUACAUCAACGUGUUUCUGCUGGCGCUCUACUGGCUGGCGUUCAUCUCCCUGGUGGUCUCGUACGUGAAGAUCCACCGUAAGCUGCGGAACAUAUGGCACACGCCCAACGCUCAGUGCUAUUCGCGAACGGCAUGGAAGUCUCUCUUCAUCCUCUUCGUCUUCACCAUCUGCUCGGCGCCUUAUCACGUGGUCCAAGCGUUCUACAUCAGAACCACGAUCACGGACACUUCCUGUUACUGGAGGAACGUCGUCAAUCUGGCAGUGGAGACCACGCUGCUCCUCUCGUCCCUCAACGCCUGCCUGGAUCCCAUCAUGUACUUCAUAUUGGCAACGUCCAUGAGGAAGGAGGUGCAGCGGAUAAUGAGCAUUGUGUUCGGUGUAAAGGAAGCUCCGGGAUUGAGCUCUAGCAGCUCCACCAUAGAACUGGAUGAGAAAACUGCAAAGGCUGACGGUAAAAAAAACAUCCCAGCUACUUUGCAAUAG